CUUGCACAGCUCUUCACUGAUAACCCAUGGAGCGGGCGAGCGAGGGAUUGAUGAUAAGUAAAGUAAUAACACGACCGUUAACGUUAACCUCUUCAAUUCUUACUUGAACCAAAUGAAACCUAAAUAGAACUGAAAAACCUGAAGCAACAAAAAUUCAAAUUCUACCACUUGUAAUCAAAUCUAGCAUCUAUAACAAUUAGUAUAGAUAGAGAGAAGCCAUGACCAUGGCUUCCUUAUCUAAACCACCACCUUGUCUUCACGGCCACUACUCCAACCCUAUCUCUCUCUAUUUCUCUCCUGUGAUUUUAUCUUUUCCAUUUCAUAGAACGACGACGUCGUUUAAUUCGCGUAUAUUUGCGUUAAAGACUGGAUCGGACGGGUCGGAUUUGCUGAGGAAACCGAUUGUGCCUUCAGAGAAGGAGUUAAGUGGAAUUUCUGAUGAUGAAGAGGACAGUAACCGGAAGAGAGAUAACAAGGAUAAGGAAGAUGAUGAGCUUGUCGAUUGGGAAGACCAGAUUUUGGAAGAUACCGUUCCUCUUGUUGGCUUUGUUAGAAUGAUUCUUCACUCUGGCAAAUAUGAAAAUGGAGAUAGAUUAAGUCCAGAGCACGAGAGAACUAUUGUUGAGAGGUUGCUUCCAUUUCAUCCGGAGUGUGAAAAGAAGAUUGGACCUGGAAUCGAUUAUAUUACUGUUGGUCAUCAUACUGAGUUUGAGAACUCACGAUGCCUGUUCAUAGUAAGGAAAGAUGGAAAAUUGGUCGAUUUUUCUUAUUGGAAAUGCAUUAAGGGACUGAUCAGGAAGAACUAUCCAUUAUAUGCUGACAGCUUUAUCCUCAGACAUUUCCGCAGGCGUAGGCAGAGUUGAUGAAGCUCCUGGGAAAAAAUAGGUCUCCAAGACUGGAGUGCAAUCUGAUGUAUAUGUAUUGGCGAGUGCAAACUGGGGUAAGCUUCCUCCCAGAUCGUCAAGUGGAAGUGAUAAGAAUUUGAAUCUUCUCAACCCUCUCGUUCUCUCUAGUGUUCAUAGUAGUUCCAAUAGAUAGUUUUGCAUUUAGUACAUGUUGCUGCACAAUAUUUGCAAACUCUUUGUAAUUGCCCCCUAGUAAACUGUAUGCACCACCAUCUGCACUGGUCAGACAGGCAAGUAUAUGCAGAUAUUGGAUGAGAUAGUUGGAUCCACUGACAUAAAUCCAAUAUUAUCCCUCUUCCCAGAGCUAUUCUAGA